AUGACUCGUGGUUUAAAAUUCGCACGCUUACUUCAGCGUUUGGAAAGAUGUUCUGAAAGUAUCAUGUACCAUGACGAAAUCAACUCUGUUGUACAACAAAUUAAACAAAUGGAAUCAAUUAUGAUGCCAUUGCAAUUUCAUCCUAUUCAAGUUUUCGAUGAAACAAAGCAUACAGCAGAUACGGUCGCUAAGGAAUAUCUUCAAAAAGCGACUGAAGAUACACAUCAUCUUGUUCCUGUUAAUGUUCUUGGCGAUGGAAAUUGUUUAUAUCAGUCUAUUGUUGUUCUAAUGAACAAUCCAUUGGUGACAGCUAGUGAAUUGCGAGUUCGAACAAUAAUGGAACUUAUAACUAAUGAAAAUUAUUAUCAAAAUACGUAUUCACAGUAUGUAGGACCUACCGAUAUCGCUGUUAAAGCUAUUUGCAAAAAUUAUAUGUUUUCUGAAUUAUAUGAAAUUGCCGCAUUAUGUAAUGUACUUCAAUGUAACAUACGAAGUGUCUAUCCAAAAAUUGAUUUUCAUCAUUAUAUGGCAAUUUGGGAUAACCUCUUUACACCUAUUGCACCUGUUAAUUCCAAUUGUAAUAUUGCGAUUUUAUGGUCAAAUGUCUUGAAUGAAAAAGAUGCUCGAGAAACACAUAAUGGUACGUGGAGAUCAAAUCAUUUUGUUCCACUUAUGUCGCUACCUAUUCGUAAUGAAUUUAAUAACACCAGUCAAUCAGCGUCACUUGUUGUGACUCCUGAAAAGAAGACUUUCAAGAAUAAUACUGUUACUCAAAUAAGGACUCCAAGAUUUCAAUCUUCUCCUAGUAGACGCUUACGAAGUGAAGACAACAUCGGAAAUGAUUUUGCUCAAUCAAAUAUUUCAGGUUCAAUGCAAAAGGAAAAGAAUGAUAAAGAAGAACGACGUCAGAUUCAACUUCAAAAGAAAAGAGAACGAAGUCGAUCCAGUCGAAUGAAUGAAACAGAAGAACAACGCCAAAUUCGACUUGAGAAGGAGAGAGAACGAAGUCGAUCCAGUCGAAUGAAUGAAUCAGAAAAACAAAGGGAAAUUUGUCUUGAAAAGAAAAAAGAACAAACUCAAUCCACCCAUACAAACGAAUUGGAAGAGCAACGUCAGAUUCGACUUGAACAACAAAAGAAACGAAGUCAAGCAAAUAGAACUCAAAAGAAACUUGAAAAGCAGAACAAUGAAAACAUUAGUACUGGACAAAAAUUUACUCAUUCUAAUUGGCCUGGACCAAUUAGUCGUGAUUUAAAAGAAACUCGUUUGCAGCAAUUUUUAGAACAGAUGUCUAUGUCAAAAUUGGCUGAAGCGACUUGUGCAGUUUGCAAUAUCCGCACUCCAGCAAAAGAUGCGAAAAAAAUACCCAUCUCUAAAAUUCCUAAUAUUGAUUUGCUUAAAGCUUCUGAAGAACUCAAAACUUUAAUUAAAAAUUCAACUGAAAAUACUGCCACUCUCAGCGAUGACAACAAUACACAUACGACAUCACAUACUGAAAAACAAAUACCGAAGUUUUCAGUUGCGAAUAACAUGUGGUUAGGUGAUAUACCUACCGUAUUGCAAGGGUUGACGAUUCCAGAAGAAAAAUUAAUAUCACUCUAUCGUCACAAUAGCUGUAUAAUAAAACUUCAAUCACCUUUUCAUUCAACUACAACUGCUCAAACAGCAUUGAAAGGAAAUUGUAUUACCUUCCUUCAAAAUGUACCAAAUAUUGUCAAUAGUUUGCCACUUACACUUGCUGAUCUUUGUGAUACACUUAAAGUAAUUUUUAUUGGAGCUCGGCCACCUGAUCGUCUUCAUCUUAAAAAAGUUUUAACAGUACGGAAGAAGAGAAUUAUUCAGGCAUUACAAUGGCUAAAAAAAUAUAAUAUGCUUUAUUAA